AAAGAGAAACAUGUUGACAGGAUUUUGUUUUUUUCUCGGAGAAAAUUUAAUUUAAUUGUAAUUAUAUUAUUUGUUUAUAUUUUUUUUUCUUCUUUUCUGACUUUCUUUUUGUUAAUUAGUUUUAUCACCAUGGCUUUUGUCACUCGUAAUUUACGAUCUCUUAUAAUGACUUCCAAUCAGAUACGUUUUUUUGGUCUCGGUGAGUCGACUUCAAAUACAACAACAAACCAAAGUACAACUACUGGACUUGAGUCUAAAGUAUCGGCAUCGGCUGUUGGUAAGGCUCGUCGUGAGGCCUCUUCUACCUCGAUUAAAUUGCCUUUUGAUUUUAAUGGUAUUCCUGAGAAGCCUAAGUUACCUCGAAGUCCGUUUAACAUUUAUUUUGACCACAGAUAUGAAGAGAUGAAAAAGGAUAACAAAGAGUUAAAGAAAAAUGAUGCCAAAAAGUUGAUCGAAGAGGAAUGGGAUAAAUUGGAAAUGAAACAACCUUAUGAAGAGCUUUCAGCUAAAGAACAUCAUGAAUAUAAGGAUAAGAAACAAGUUUACACAGAAUUUGUCACCCGAAAGAUAACAAUUAAAGAGAUGCUGGUUGUCUUGGAUGCUUUUAGUAAGAUGCAAGUUCAAAAAGCCAAAGAGGCAAAAGCAGCUAAACCCAAAAGACCCGUUUCAGCUUAUGGUUUGUUUCUUAAAGAUUAUACUGAUCUGGUUAAAUCGUCAGGUUCUGAUGCACCAAAGAUGCCAGAAGUCGCCGAGAAAUGGAAAAAUUUAUCUCCCUAUGAGAAAGAAAAAUAUCAAACUAGAUACGAGAAACUGAGAGAGGAAUCAAUUGAAGCUCGAAAACAAUGGAAACUUGAACAAGGAAAAGCAUGAAAAUCUAAAAACCUAUUUCUCCAUCUUUUUUUUUGAUACACACUUAUAGAAGAAAAAACAUAAAAAACCCUCUUUGCAUUUACAAAGAAUCAUAAUUACCUCUGAAAAAUAAUAAAAAAACUUUCGUAGUUCCUAAAAAAAA